AAGAUUUGUGAUGUAGGUGGAGUUAGUGUAGAUCGGGGGAGGGUGAGAAAAGAGAGCUCGGACAUGUGCCAGAAGUGUGAGGAGUGAGUGAGGGCAGAGCUGCAGUGGCUUUGCGUGAAGUGAGAAAUAGAGACAGAGUGUUGCUUUUACAGAAGAGAGAGGCAGAUCAAGCAGCAGAGGCUCACACAGCAGUGACAAAGAAAGGAAGUGUGAUAAUCAGCUUGGGCAAUGACUGUGUAAAUUAUUUGUUGCUGUUCCGUUCAAAGACUGGGGAGGUCUAACACAGAAAUGAAUGGUGAUGGCAGCAAACAGCGUUAUGUGUCAACCUUCAAGAUGCACAUCAAGUCUCCCUGUGCAUCGUCUGCACCAGGGAAUGGGCCGGGAACUACAGACACCAGGGCUUCAGACAAAUGUACUGAAACAGGGUCUCUUAACCUCUCCUCAUGUAAACGUCUGGAUCCACCCGUCUUCAUAGAGCCCCUGGUGGACUGCUGCGUGGAUGAAGGAUGUGACAUCAUACUGCGGGGGGUUAUCACGGGAAGUCAGCCAAUCAAAGUGUCGUGGUUACACAAUGGUAAGGUGGCCCGUUUCGGGAAUCCUUCCUUCAACGGCAGGGAGGCAAGUUUUUUGGUGAAGGAGUCUUUGCCAGAAGAUGCUGGCGCCUACACCUGUUUGGCAGAAAACAGUGCAGGGAAGACAUCCUGCUGCGCUGCAGUGUUCGUCAGAGACUUUGAAACCAUCUAUGACAUGCAGAAUCGUGUCUCAAAUAUUCCCACUUCUGCAUCCAAGAGCAUUAUGGAAAAUGGACAGUCACCGCAGUCUCCCAUAAAAGAGCUACAGAAGUUCACAGGAUCUAUUUGUACCUCCCCAACUGGCUCUGAUAAGCUUAGCCCAGUCUCAUCUCCAAGAGAAGUCAUCCCAAAGAAGAGAGCCAACUCAGGGACAGGUCCAACAUUACAUUUCAAAAACCCUCCACACCACAUCAAGGUGGAGGUGGGACAAACUGCCCGAGUGACGUGUUGUUUCACCGGCAGUCCCCCUGUAGUGUCUUGUUGGAUACGAAACAAAGACCAGAUAGUGGAUGGUCCAGAGCUGUGGUCAGAAAAUACUGAUCAGAGCAGUACACUGGUUAUAGCAGAGGCUAAACCACAGCACACAGGUCCCUACACUGUUGUAGUGAAGGACCGCAGGAACUCCGCACAACACACGCUCACCCUUUCCGUCAUAGAGAGGCCACAGCCCCCUGCCUCCGGUCCUGUGAUCUCCCUCAUCUCUACCAACAGCCUUGUGCUGUCCUGGUCGGGCCCCUGCUACGACGGUGGUAGUGCCAUCCUCGGUUAUGUGGUCGAGGUAAAGAACCAAGGACGUGUUGAACUUGGGGACUGGAGUGAGCUCACUGCUCAGUGUAAAAGUACCUCAUACAGAGUGAGCUCUGGGUUGCAGCCUCAGCAGGAAUACUGUUUCAGAGUGAGGGCCUACAACGAAGUGGGAGUAAGUGAGCCAGGGCCAGUGUCACCAGUGGUCAGGAUGGAGCAAAAAGACUUAGACAAACCACAAGAAGAGGAGGCCCUUCAAACCUAUACCUGUGUCACUAUUGACUCUUCCCACAAAGUCACAGAUCACUACAAUUUGCUGGAGAAACUGGGAAUGGGAAAGUUCGGUCUGGUGUUCAAGCUGACCCACAAAGAAACAGGACGUGUGUGUGCUGGGAAGUUCUACAAAGGCCGACGAGCCAAGGAGAGGGAAGCUGCGCGUAAGGAAAUAGAGUUGAUGAACUACCUCCACCACACCAAACUGGUUCAAUGCCUCGCUGCAUACGAUCACAAGCCGGAGAUGGUCAUGGUCAUGGAGUUUAUUGCAGGCGGGGAACUGUUUGAACGUAUAGUGGACGACAACUUUGAACACACUGAGCCUGCCAGUGUGCGCUACAUGCAGCAGAUCCUGGAGGGGAUUGCUUACAUGCAUCAGCAGAAUAUUAUCCAUCUGGACCUCAAACCUGAAAAUAUUGUGUGUGUUGACACCACUGGAACCUCCGUUAAGAUCAUUGACUUUGGAUUAGCCAGCAAGCUUGAUGGCAGCACGCCUCUGAAGGUGAUGCAUGGGACUCCAGAGUUUGUGGCACCUGAAGUGAUCAACUAUGAGCCUGUGGAUUUGGCCACUGACAUGUGGAGCAUUGGGGUCAUAUGUUACAUAUUACUAAGUGGUGAGUCUCCAUUCCAGGGUCACAGCGAUGCAGAGACCCUGGCCUUGGUCACAGCUGCCCAGUGGGAGUUUGACGAGGAGAGCUUUGAUGAAAUCACAGACGAGGCCAAAAAUUUCAUCAGCUCCUUGCUCAACAAGGAUACCAGGCGGAGGAUGUCCUGUGAAGAGGCACUUGCUCACCCUUGGAUGGCAGCGUUUGACUCUAGAGAUCUCGCCACCACCAAGAAUCUGUCCAAGGAGAAAAUGAAGAGGUUUCUAGCCAGGCAGAAGUGGAAGAAAGCAGGUAAGGCCUUGUUGGCCCUAAAGAGAAUGGCUCUGCUGUCUAAAAGUGACACCUCUGCAUCUCCUACCAGCCCUGGAGAGGACUCACCCCUGAGCCCAGAGGCAGCCCAUGCCCUGAAGUCUCUGGAGCGCAAGAUGCAGGAGCCACCCCAGUUCACCCAGAGCCUGGAGGACCAGACAGUUGCUCAGGGAUCCAGUGCCCGUCUCUCGUGUCACCUCGCAGGAUAUCCUGACCCAGAGGUGGUGUGGCUGUGUGGGGAAGAGCCUGUGGUGGAGUCACCCACAGUGCAGAUAGAGUAUGAGGAAGAUGGCCGCUGUACCCUGGUCCUAGCCAAAGUUGGCCCAGGGGACACCAACGUUUACACCUGUAGAGCCACAAAUGACCAUGGGGAGACCUCGUGCUCAGCUAAACUUGUUGUUCGAGAGUAGAUUCAUCAUAUCUGCUCAUGUAUACAGAGAUAAAUAUAUAUAUAAACAUAAUGUUCUUGACUGCCUUCAACAGUUGUAUUGUACAAUCUUGUUUUAAUAAAAAGGGGGACCAAACAGUACAUCUUGUACUGUGGAUGGAAAUAUACAUGUAUUACUGUACAAAAUGUAUGAACAGAUUAGUUACUAUAUAAAUAAAGGCUGAUGUUUC